AUGAAGUCCACUUUCGUCCUCACCAUCGCCGCCCUGUGUGCCGCUCUUGCCGUCACCCAGCCCGUCGUCAUGGCCACUCCCGUCGUCGUCGUUGCCGAGUCCAACCCUCUUUUGCAGAAGAGAAUCCUCGAGCAGUGCAAGAACAAGACCGGGGUCUGCGUCUCCAGAGAAGCCUGUGUCGGCACCGGCUUCGAUGGAAAGGAGCGACACAUCGAUGGACUCUGCGAUAAAAAGAACGACGAGUUUAUCUGUUGCAUCAACUUUUAG